AUGAAAUGUUCUCAUAGAAGUUCAGAAGAUUUGUGGCAAAGUGAUGGAACCGGAGCAGAUCUAUUUGCUUGCAUAAUGUCAGAAAGACGAUUUCGAUUUUUAUUACGAUGUAUAAGGUUUGAUGAGAUUCGUGGGCAAUACGCAUGUGUUGAUGAAAAGCUACAAUCAUUUCGUGGUCGGUGCUCAUUUCAACAGUACAUGCCUAACAAGCCAGUCAAGUACGGCAUUAAAAUUUUCGCGUUGUGUGACAAUGUUACAUAUUAUACUAGUAAUUUAGAAAUUUAUGCAGGCAAGCAGCCAGAUGGCCCAUUUUCAAUCGACAAUUCUGCAAGUGAAGUAGUAAAACGGUUAGUGUCUCCAAUAUCUAAAACCGGUAGAAAUAUAACGGCAGACAAUUGGUUUGCGAGUAUAUCAUUAGCUGAAGAACUUUUGAAAAAUCAUAAUCUUACAUUAGUAGCUACAAUAAAAAAAAAAUAA